UUUACUGGCCCCCGCCGCCGCAAUUCCUAGGCUGCUGGCCACACUCCAAUUAGUCAUCCUGUAUGGCGAACCAUCACCAUCCAUUAUAGCAUCCGAACUAUUUUCUUUCGUUAUUCUAUCAGCGACAGCACCGUUGAACAGUACUUCCUUUCUUCUACCAGAGCGCUCUCUGUCGACGACGUGCUAAGCCUGUAUUCCACAGAUAUGUCAUGAAGCCGGCCACGGACAUUACCACGGUCGCAGAGAGCGAAAGCCAAGAAGUGACUAGUCCCCCUCCUGGAAUAUGCGCACGCCGUGGAACUCGCGUCUUGCAGUCGGAGCUCCUGCAAGCGCUUGCGAAUCGUCCCUUCUUGCGCUUCCUACGCAGUGUUCCAGUCUGCUGGUCCUUCCGCUGCUUCAGAAGAACCAUCGCCUUCCUUCAACUACUCGUUCUGUUUUACUAUCUAGUGCUACCAAGUUCUGCAGGAGAGGCACACGUACAAGGUAAUUGUCGUGACGACACUCGUAGCUUCCUUCAUGGUUCUGGAAGUGAUGUCAGCGCCUAUAUCCGCUUUGCUGCCUUUCGUCCUCUUUCCUCUCUUGGGUGUGCCGGUCAACGUAGAUCAUCUCUACUCAGGGGUGCAGCAAAUUGGAUUCUUGUGUAGCAUGCUGCUGUUACUUGCUCAUGAAGAGUGUGGCUUGUCGACACGAAUAGCGCUCUACGUCCUCAGUCGCACUGGCAGCAGCAUUGACAGAGUGCUGGCCAUUGUGGUGACUGCUUCUGUUGGAAUGACUUGCGUUUUGGAUGGCUUCACUGUUGUUGUCCUUUUGCUGCCCAUCAUAGAAUGCACCGUGGACGAAAUUUUCUUUAAUACAAUCCAUCCCAGCUGCCACACACCUCUCGGUCCUCCUCCCGCAGAGUCAUCGUCUUCAGCGCGUUCUCCACGCUCAGAUGUGUGGUGUGGCAUCCAGCGAACCUCUUACCACGUCCACCGACGCCGAAUCUUUGCCGAAAGUCGCAAGCAUAUCGUGGACAACCGAAAUACUAUGUUCAAAACAAUGAUGGCGGCACUUGUAUACGGCACCAACAUUGGCAGUUGCGGCACACCCAGAGGAUCACAGCAAAACUACUACUUGGUGGAAUACUUUCGCAACUGCACUGCACAAGAUAAAUUAGGAUCGCCUCUCAAUUACUUCACCUGGACUACGUAUUCGCUGCCGUCCAUGAUGGCAUGUUCAGCGUUCUUGUGGUGGUACCUCUAUCACCGAUGGCUGCCUGCCGAGUGUCGGUCUGGGAAUCACGUGGACAUAGAAAAGUUUGCAUUUCGCAACAAAUAUUUAGAGAAAAGAAAGUGGAGUUUCGAGCAGAUUACUACAAUAAUCUUGACUGGAGCUUACCUCUUCUGCACUUUGGUUGGCCAGGACUGGAUUAAUGUCACUGCAGACCAAGUCAACCUACGGUCGGAGUCCUUGUUAGUCGCCCUGGCAUGUGUUCUGUUCCUCAUUCCGGCCCAGCCGUCGCAGGGAGCUCGAAGUCAAGGGCUUCUACCUUGGGAAGCCAUUCAUUCGCGAGUUCCCUGGGGAUGCCUCCUCCUGACUGGGGCGGGGUAUGCGUUCUCGGAUGCGCUUGGGGAGGGCCGGGUAACUCUGCUGAAGUGCGACUGGGUACUGUGGCUUUUCAAAUGGAGCCGUACUGUGGGCCUUGGAGCAGGUGUCUUCUUGCAGUCCGUGCUCGUUGAAAUCAAGAGUAACACCAACAGUGUUAUCGAUCUCAUACCCGGCCUCUUCGCAACGGCACAGAAUGAACACGUCAAUCCUUUGUUGCUUCUCCUUCCAUUCACGAAGGCCGCUUCUCUAUUGUUCCUGUUGCCUAUUUCAGGCUAUGGGAACGCCCUUUUGUAUGACUACGCUCGCUGUUCUUGCUGGGAAAUGGUUCAAAUGGGCCUUCCACUAAAAAUAGUGACUGUGGGUUUGGAGAUGAUAUCGUUAUAUACCAUCGGCUACACCAUGUUUGACUUGGCCAAGACUUCUACAGCACCCGUCUGGCCUACACAGGGCGGAUGCGUCAUCGUACCUACGAACGUUUCGCAAUUUUAACUGCAUAUGUGGCAAAGUGCGUGUUAGUCCUCACUGUCCGAAGACGUCUCCAUUAAAAAUAAUGUCUCGUUUUCCACUA